AUGGACUCGACUGGUGUCCAGAAAAGACCUGAGGGCAACGCCAACCUGGAGACGUCCUCCACCGAGAAGAAUCUUCACGACACAGAUGUCGCCCUAGGCUCGACCGAGGUUGAGUCGGCCGGCUUCGACUUUGCGCGGACCAAGAAGCUGUUACGGAAAUGCGACAAGGCGCUUCUACCGUUUCUGGCGCUGCUGUACCUGCUCUCGUUCCUAGACCGCACCAACGUUGGCAACGCCAAGCUGGCUGGCUUGGAAGAAGACCUGAACAUGAAUGGGAAAUGGGAUUACAAUGUUGCUGUGUCCAUGUUUGUGAUCCCCCUGAAAUGUGACCCGUCCAACAUGGCCAUGAAGCGAUUCCGCCCAUCGAUCUGGAUCCCCUCCAUCAUGGUCGCCUGGGGCUUCUGCACCAUCAUGCUGGGUGUCGUGCACAACUAUGCCGGCCUUUUGGCAUGUCGCGCAGCUUUAGGUCUGGCCGAAGGUGGCCUGUUCCCUGGCAUCACCUACUACAUCACCAUGUGGUACAGACGACACGAGUGCGGCCUGCGCAUGGCCAUCUUCUUCUCCGCCGCCACGGCCGCCGGUGCAUUUGGUGGCCUGCUCGCAUUUGGCAUCAUGCAGAUGGAUGGCACGGCAGGUCUCGGGGGCUGGAACUGGAUCUUCAUCCUCGAGGGCAUUGCGACAUAUGUAGCCAUCACCGCCUUCUGGGUCAUGUACGACUACCCGGCGACCGCCAAGUUCCUCGAAAAGGAGGAAAAGGCCGAGAUUGUGCGCCGGCUGGAGCACGACCGCAGCGUGCUCUCGGACGAGUUCAAGAUCCAGUUCAUGUGGGACGCCUUCAAGGACUGGAAGAUCUACGUCCACAUGCUCAUCACCAUUGGCAUCUACACGCCGCUGUACUCCAUCUCGGUCUUUAUGCCGUCCAUCGUCAAGGGUCUGGGCUUCAGCAACGAGAUCGCGCAGCUCAUGACGGUGCCGCCGUACUUUGUCGCCUGCCUCUUCACCAUUGGCGGCGGCUGGCUCGCGGAUCGACACGGGCAGCGCGGUAUCUACAUGAUGGGCUUCUGCCUCGUGGCGAUGAUCGGCUUUGCCAUCCUAGCGGGCGCGGACAACCUCGGGGCCAAGUAUUUUGGCUGCUUCCUCAUUGCGUCGGGCAUCUACCCCAACGUGCCACAGGGUGUGGCAUGGAACGGCAACAACAUUGGCGGCUCGCUGAAGCGCGGCGUCGGCAUUGCCAUGCACGUUGGUUUCGGCAACCUUGGAGGUGCUGUCGCAGGCUUCGUGGUGCGCGCGCAAGAGGCGCCUCACUACCGCUCUGGACACCUCACACUGCUUGCCACCACAACCAUGAGCUUUGUUCUCUCGGGGUUCAUGACAUGGUAUCUGCGCCGGGAGAAUGCGCGUCGGGAGCGCGAGCACAAGGCUCCCACGGAGUACACGUACGAGGAGAAGCUCACGCACAAGGAGGAUGGCGACAACGCGCCAUUUUUCAGACCCCACGAAGCGUACGCCAGACCAGAGAUCUGGCAUGCUCUUCACGAGAGGCAUUCCAAGAAUAAGAUGACGAGCCCCCAAGAGGACCUGGACCCUCGCCAGGCCUCCGACGCGUCUCCCCUCCUCCAUGGCCACGCUCGCCACCACGAUGAGCCGGACUCGUACAAUGGCGACCUUCUCACCACCGCAGAAACGCGCAAUCUCGCACGGGGUCUUUCCCAGCGUCACCUCUCCAUGCUCGGCAUCGCCGGCGCCAUUGGCACGGGUCUCUUCCUCGGUCUCGGCGGGGCCGUCCAGUCCGGCGGUCCUCUCGGCGCGCUCCUCGGGUACGCGACCAUCGGCCUCGUCGUCUGCGCCGUGCAGUUCGCCCUCGGCGAGACGGCGGCUCUCCUACCCGUCACGGGCAGCUUCGUCCGACACGCCGAGUUCCUCGUCGACCCGGCGCUUGGCGUCGCGCUGGGCUGGAAUCUCGUCUAUGGCAACUGCCUGUCCAUCCCGAGCGAGAUCACGGCCAUUUGCGUGCUGUUCCAGUUCUGGACGGAUGCCAACCCGGCCAUCUUCAUUGUCCUCUUCAUCGCGCUCACCGUGGUCGUCGGCUUUGCGCGCAUCAGGGUCUUUGGCGAGGUCGAAUACGUCUUCGCCUGGAUGAAGACCCUUCUCGUCAUCUUCCUCGUCCUUCUCGGCGUCGUCAUCGCCUCUGGCGGCAUCUCGGGUACGCCCGCCACGGGAUUCAACUACUGGCGCGAUCCAGGUCCGUUCGUCGAGUUCAUCGCACCUGGUCAUCUGGGUCAGUUUCUGGGAUACUGGCAGGCGUUGGCCGGGGCGGUGUUCUCGUUCGCGGGAGUCGAGAGCAUCGCCAUGGCGGCGGCCGAGACGCAGAACCCGCGCAAGGCGAUCCCUGCCGCGUGCAAGCAGGUCUUUCUGCGCAUCUUCCUGUUCUACAUGCUGGCCAUCUUCGUGGUGGGCCUCCUGGUGGCGAGCAACGACCCGCGACUGGAUGGAUCCUCGGGGACAGCUGCGCAGAGCCCGUUUGUCAUUGCCGCAUCGGCCGCUGGGAUCCCCCUGGUCCCAUCUAUUGUGAAUGCCGUGGUGAUCACCUCUGCAUGGUCAGCCUCGAAUCAGGCCCUCCUCUCUGGGACGCGUGUGCUGUACGGGUUAGCCCUCAAAGGCCAGGCGCCGCGUGUCUUCUUGCGCACGACGAGCUGGGGCACGCCGUACAUGUGCGUCCUUGUGUUUGUGGGUGGCAUGAUGCUCAGUUUCCUCAGUCUGUCGAGCGAUGCGAUAACAGUUUUCUGGUGGUUUGUGGACCUGACGGCCGCUGGGGUGCUGGUGAGCUGGACGGCCAUCUUGGGCAACCACAUCAGGAUGAGGAAGGCCUUCAAGGUGCAAGGGAUACCGGAGUCGAGGUUACCAUGGUACAACUGGUGGACAGAGUACUCGUCCCACGCAGCACUGGUCAUGUGCGUCACGAUCCUGUUGACGAGUGGCUUCGCCGUCUUCACGCCUGGUAACUGGGACCCCAGCCAAUUUGUGUCUUCCUAUCUGGACAUUCCUCUCGUUGCCGGUGCAUUCUUUCUUUGGAAAAAUUGGAAGAAGACAAGCAUCGUGUCCCUCAAGCAGAUACCGAUAUCUGCCGCUUUGGAACAGGCCGAGGGAUCGAAGUGUGCAGCUAUCACCCCGGUUACGAUGGCGGCGCACCAAGAAGACAAUGACCAGCGCCUGAGCGCAGAGCAGCACCGGCUCCAGCACCAGCCGACCCACGACGUCGAGAAGCUCAACUCGACGCACCAGGAGGACGAUGUCAUUGACAAGAGCGAUCCCGUCCGCGAGGAACACUACUCGGGCGCCGUGGCCAAGUCGUCCGCCGAGGAGAUCAAGCUGGUCCGCCGUCUCGACCUCUUCCCCAUGCCCACCCUCUGGAUCAUGUACUUUCUCAACUACCUCGACCGCGCCGCCAUCACGCUCGCCCGCCUCAACGGUAUCCAGGACGACCUCGGCCUCGAGGGCUCGCAAUCCCGUCCAACAUGGCCCCUGACCCGCGUCCGCCCCUCGUGGUGGAUGGGCUCCUUUAAGAUCGCCUGGGCCGUCGUCAGCGCCCUCACCGCGCUCGCCAACGACUAUGUUAGCAUUGUCCUCACACACUUCUUCCUUGGCGCCGUCGAGGCCCCCUUCUACCCGGGCGCCCUGUUCUUCGCCCUCAUCGCUUGCUUCACGCUCCCCGACGCGCCUCUGCAGAUACGCUGGUUGACUCCAGAGCAGCGUCAGCUCGCACACGACCGUGUGCUCCAAGACACGGUUGGCCAGCGCACCGACGCCUCCAUGUGGAGCGGCUUCAAGGAGGCGCUGCUCGAUCCCAAGGUGUGGGUGUUCAUCUUCAGGCAGCACGUGCACCUAGGCACCAACGGCUUCAAGAAUUUUUUCCCCACCAUUGUCAACACCCUCGGCUUCAGCACCACCGUGACCCUCGUCCUCACCUGCCCGCCCUACCUCAUCGCCGGCGGCAUCUCCAUCUUCUGGGCGAGAUCGUCCGGCCACUUCAACGAGCGCACGUGGCACAUUACCAUUGCCAAGUGCGUGGCCAUCCUGUGCUUUGCGCUCGCCUGCGCGACCCUGAACGUGGGUGCGCGGUACUUUGCCAUGGUCGUCUUCACCGUCGGCACGUACUGCGUCAACUCGAUCCUGCUCGGCUGGGUGGGCAGCAGCUGCGGCGAGACGAGGGAGAAUAAGGCGGCCGCGCUCGCCAUUGUCAACGUCAGCGCCACCCUGAGCUUUGUGUGGACGUCGAACGUCGUACGCCUCGAGGAGAAGGUCAGGGAAUCGACGGCCGAGAAGGAUGCGCUGCAGGGCGAGCUGAGACGCCAACGCCAACGUCCGCAACAUGAUCAGAGCAGCGGAAUCAGUCCAGAGACGCCAUCAGCCUCCUAUGCUGCGACAUCGUCGACACCGCAGGGUGUUGGAGGAGACGUGGCUGAUCAAGUCGUCCACCUAUCCCUCAUUGCUGGAGGCGGACAGCACUUUGUCGGGUCUACCAGCGGUCUUCUGCUCGCGAAUCUCCUCCAGUCACGCCCACAGGGCCCUUCAUCUCUCGACGCAGCAUCCGCCUGGCAGCCUUUGCAAAGCGAUGGCCAUGCGACAUCCAGUCUCCCCCCGAAGCCGCUGGCGCAGGAUCUCCUCGCGGCGUACUGUAGCCACGACCAUCUCUGCUACCCUUUUCUCUCCACAAAGGCCCUCCAUCGGUCUCUGGAUCUCGUAUAUGACACGGACAAACCCGGCCCCGUGGACGCCUCCUUUGUCGACAUGACACUCGCCAUUGGCACAGCACAGCUCGCGGACGUGCUCGCGGACGUGCUCGCGCGCGACGGCAUCGCGAGGCCCGGACGUGCCUCGGCGUACGUCCUGCGUGAUGAGCAGUCUGAAGGCUCUGGCGCAGCGGAAGAGAUGGAGGUCAAGAGACGUUGUUUCUGGAGGCUCGUCGCGCUGGACACAAGCCUCGCUCUCGGCAGGCCCUUUACCAUACAGCUGGACGAUGUUGAGGUUGACCUCCCGCACUUUGAUUCGUUGCCAAAAGGAGACGUCGUCGCGCCGCAGAGCUCCUUGAACUUGACAGGCGCGGAGUAUGGCACGCCGCAGUGGCACAUGGCGAUUUCCAUCUUUGCACACAUUGUGCGCUACCGACUCAUCUGCGGCACGAUCAUGACCUCGCUUCAUCGCAAUGCCAACAAAAAGCACAACACCUAUUGCUCUUCGACUCACACGGAUCACGAGGCCGUUUGCGAGACGCUCUCUCGUGAGUUGCAAUCCUGGCUCUCGCAGACGGCUGACCUUCCACUGUCGAUAUAUCUCUACGCGACACUGUACCGCAGCGGGAUCUUGAACUAUAGCUGGAUCACCAUGCAGACCGUCUUCAUGUCGGGACUGUCGUACAUUUACGCAUUGAGAAAACGCCUGCAGGAAGAGGGAGCCCGUCUUUCGAGCGAACCCAGUAUCGGCCAGGUGGUCAACCAUACGAGAGCCUGCUCAAAGGUCCUGGUCGCCGUUUCCGAGCGGUGGGUUAUGGCACAUACGUGCUCAGAGCUGUUUGAUCGGCUGAGCGGUGCCUUCGUGGCGGACGUGGUCGAGGUCGGAACGUCUUCUUCGCAUCAGCAGCAGGACGUCAGCAUGUACGGCCAGACGGUAGUGGCGCCUAGAUUCGUCAAUAUGACCGUGGACAGCACCCUCAGGGAUUGCUUCCCCGAUCUACAGAAUCUGGGGUAUGAUCAGUACCACACCGAUGCCAUUGCGCAGCUAUCACAGGACUGGUUCUUUGGUAUUGGCGAUCCGGACGGGCGGUACUACUAG